AUGAGGAUCCAACUGCCGACUGUUAUCGCCCUUCUGGCCGGUGUGGUCUCUGCUUCUCCUGUUCCCAAAGACCCCAACAGUGAUGUUAAUGACUGCGACGAUAUCCGCUAUGAAAAUGGGAGCUCGGAUGGCUCUCCCACUGUCGACGACUGCCGGCAAAUUGUUAAAAACAUUCAAGACGGUGGAAGUUGGGAUUACAGCGGUGUUGGGCACCACAAGACCCUUGUUACCUAUGGCACCUGUGCUAUGGGUAUCGACAGUGGUGCCCGAGUCGGGAACUUAGAUAUUACGGACAUCAUCAACGGUUCCAUUGAUAGAUUUGAGUGGAAGGGUCUUGUCGGUGCCAAAGGAAAGAUGAACUGCCAGAAGCCUGUUGCGCAGCAAGAGACUGAUGAUGUUAAUUGGAGCAUCUACUUUAACCCAGACUGCUGUAAAUGA